AUGGCAUCUGAGACGGUGCUUCCCAGCGGAGAGGACCAGGCUUCCUCGGGCAUCGAUGAUCUUCAGAUUUCAUUGCAAGGUGCUCGAAAGCGGACAUUGGCUCCACCCGGUGUUUGUGGAAAGGACCCUGGUGGCAUAGUGGGGUACACAUCGCAAACUCAGCUCUUCGAGCCCACCAGCUGCUCCCCGGGAGAAAAAGGAGGCAUCUAUGCCCGUAAAGAUCUGAAGUCUCAGAAAUCCAGAGGGGAAAUUCUGUUCUGCCUCAUUGGGCCACGGCGCAUUGAAAUCAACUUGAUGGCAUGCAGGCAGGGGAAGCUGUGUGAUGCCGUGCUGUCUCUGGGCAGCAGUGACAGCUCUGACGAGAGCCCACUGGAAGGAUCAAAAAGCAAAUUAGCUUUAGCCUUGAAGCACACCACCCCCACAGUUGUAUCAGACCUCUUCACGGACAUUCAAAAGGGGCACGUCCUCCUGGACCUGCUAGAAGCACUUUCAGGACAAGAGUUGCCUCGAGAUAAAGGAUCGAAUACGUUUCAGUGUAGAACCAACAUAGAACAUGCUCUGACAUUCCUGCGAAACCGAUCGAUCAAGCUAAUAAAUAUUCAUGUUACUGAUAUUAUUGAUGGCAACCCAUCCAUUAUUCUUGGCCUAAUUUGGACAAUUAUACUGCACUUUCAUAUCGAAAAGCUUGCCCAGACUCUGUCCUGCAAUUACAAUCAACCCUCCCUGGACGAAGAGAGUGAGGUUGGCUCAUCUCCUACCGCAAGUCCUCCAGCUAAGAAGUCUUCCAAAGCCCAAGCAAGAUGGCAGAUGUCUGCAAAGAAGGCGCUUCUCUUGUGGGCUCAGCAACAGUGUGCCACAUAUGAGUCUGUCGAUGUUACAGAUUUUAAGUCCAGCUGGAGAAAUGGGAUGGCUUUUUUAGCUGUCAUCCAUGCCUUGCGACCAGACUUAAUUGAUUUGAACAGUGUGAAGCAUAGAUGCAACAGAGACAAUUUGAAAGACGCCUUCCGAAUUGCAGAGCGAGAACUGAAAAUCCCCAAAUUGCUGGAACCAGAAGACGUGGACGUUAAUAAUCCGGAUGAAAAGUCUAUUAUGACUUAUGUGGCCCAGUUUCUGAAGUAUUCAAAGGACGCACCUGGAACUGGCCAGGAAACUCAGGCAAAGAAGUCCGAAGACGCGGCAGCUUGGUUAACUUUCCAGGAGGAAAAGCUACAGAAAGCGCAAAAGGAUUCAGAAAAUGAAUCCUACUGUAAGAAGUACGAAAGGCUGCUGUCCUUUCUGGGGUCGUUCAAUGAAGAGAAACAGCGCUUUGGGGACACCCCGUGGCGAAGACAGGCUCUCGCUGAGCUGAGUGAAGAUGAGCUCCCGUUGAGACAGGCUUGGGACAGCCUCAGCCACCAGAUCAACACGUGGAAAGCAAAACUGAACCAAGCUUUGCCCUCCCCGCUCGAUGAGAUCGAAGCGUGGCUACAGGCGUUAGAGCAUGCUGUCGACGGAGAUUUUCAAACCGUCCGGGAUUUCUCUGCAGCCAGGACUCAAGCCCAAGAGAAAAGGACUUUAUUCAAGGUUCCCUUUGAGACCCUAUCCCAAUGGAAUCAACAACACACUGCUUUCAACGAAGUGGGACAUUUCUUAAUUGAAGUCAGUAAUGAUGAAGUUGGGUCAUCAAUUUCUAGAGAACUGAGAAGACUGAAUAAAAGAUGGAAAAAGUUUAUUACAAAAACUCAGCUUGAUAUGCACCUGCCUCUUAUUAUAAAACAGAGUCAGUCCAUUUCUGACCAUUCUGGAAAUAUUCAGCCAUCCAGAGAAGACAAAUCAACUAUUGAUUUUUCACAGGACAUGCCAAUAGAAGCUCCCAAAAACCACAGUCCACAUUCAAAGGCUGGAGAAGAGCAAAGCACAGCCGGUGAAGUAUCCCCAGAGCCCCUCAAACUGGGGGAAGAUGUGGAAAGACUCCGGAGAGAAGUGGGGGUCUGGGAGACAGAAACCAAGUCUGUUUUGGAUCUUCUCGGUCACCCAGACGGCGUGGAGGCAGCAGCAGCAGCAGCAGCAGCAGACUCUUUGCAGCAUCUUCUUGCCAAAGGCUCUCUGUAUGAAGAGCUUGUGGCAAGAGCUGAAGAUAUUCUACAGAUGGAUGUGCAAAAUAUUUUAAGCCAAGAGUCUCUUCAAUAUGUCCUCUCAGCAGGGCUUCAGGCAAAGAUUCAAGAAAUGAAAGAGAAAAUUCAGAUCAAUAUGAUACAGCUGGCUGCGAUGCUGAAAAACUCCUCUGCUGCUUCUUCACCUGAAAUGGAUGUCCGGCUGAAGCUGGAAGAAUCACAGAGGGAGCUCGAAUCCCACAUUACUAGGGCUGCACAGUUACUGGAGCCAAGAGAGAGCACCCGUGGGGAAAUUUCAAAAUACAAGGAAGCACUGAUGAUUUUUAAUUCUCAAAGCCUUGCCAAGUAUUUGAAAACGGUUGAAGAGCUGAAAAGCAGCGUCACGGAGGAAGGAAAGCUCUCUUUGGAAGAAAGGAGUAGAGAAGUGUGUGCCAAGUGGGAGUCCAUUCAUCAUGAACUGUCUCUAUAUAUUCAACAGCUAAAAGUAGACAUUGAAAAGGGAAAACUCACUGAGACUAUUUCAAAACUUGAAAAACAAUUAAAUAAAGAAAAGAAACUAAUUCGUAGAGGAAGAACCAAGGGUCUCAUUAAGGAACAUGAGGCCUUCUUUUCUGAGGAAGGCCAUCUGCACCAGCUGGACUACCACAUGCAAGUCCUCAGGGAGAUAUGUGAGGAACUGACUUCACAGAAGAGCCAACACCAAGUGAAGAGAGCGCUUACCGAUUAUCAACAGAAGAUAGAAAGACUUCGGAAAUCUGCAUCUGAGAUUCAUGGGGCCCUCCAAGCCACCCCCGGAGGCGUGUCUAGAGACAAGGAAGGCAUGAACUCAUCUGAGAAUGGAGGAGGAGACGCCCACAGUGAAGCACCAUUUGCCAAGUCAGAUAAUCCGCCACCAGCUGAAAAGGCAAUGGAACCAAUGGCAAAUGUUAGCCCGGAAUCAGAAUUAACAUCUCAGCAUGAAGCGUGCACUGUGGAAGAGGAUGAAAAGGGUUACAGUACACCUAUCAACAGCCUACUAGAGAGGUAUGAUAUGCACAGAGAGAAUCUGGAGUGGCACCUGCAGAGUGACAGACGCAGGAUCACGUCUGAUUUCUCCAGUGACAAGGAAACCAGCGGCGGUUGCCUGCAGGAGAAACUAACAGACCUGCAGGCCUUAAAAAAGGAAACUGAUGCUUGCUGGAAGGAAUUUGAGAUCACUUCCCUGAGGUUAGAAAGUCUCGUGAAUGACAUGAAGAAGCCUGUCAUAGCUAAGGCAAGAGACCGAUUAAAGGGACAGGAACAAGAGUUCCAGAUGGCCCUCAAUGACAGAAUGGAGUCUCUGGAGCUAGCACUGCAGAUUGUGUUGCCCCUGGAGAAGGAAUCGCUUUGCCUCUGUGACUCGGAUUUGGUCCUCCAUGAACUGGCCAUUCGAGAAUUUCAUCUGAAGGAUGCUGAUAGCAUUUAUCAAAACCUAAAGAAUAUUCAAGAUUCCCUUGCGAAACAGAUCGAAAUAUGUAGCCAUUUCGAAGAGCCCGGCAAUUCUGCACUACAGGAAUUACACCCACUUGACCGAUGUGCCACUCACCAUAUUAUACUGAACUACAAAGCGCAACUCGAAGGGUUGGGCCAUAAAGUUCAGAGGAGCGAAGAUGCCCUCAACGUUCUGGAGGCAUUUUUGGCCUCUCUGAGAACAGCUGCACUCCCUGUGGAGCUGGCUGCCGACUGCGCAGCCUCAGAGACACAGGUGUUGCCAGAACGUAGUUUGACCGCAGAACACAGAGCGGGCAGCGUCCAUCUGAUGAGAGAUAAGGCCAGACAUCUGGAUCACCAUUUGCAGGAGCUUGAUAUCAGCCUGAAAGAUGCUGAACUGGGCGAGGCCUCCUCCUGUGAGAAGCUGACUGAUUUUGUGUCAACCAAGUGUGGGGCACAGGAAGAACUCCGCGGGGACAACAAGUUACUAGAGAUGUGUGUUUUCAAAAAUAAUGAGCUGCUAAAAAAUCUUCAAGAUGUGCAGAAUCAAAUGAGCAAAAUUGGUCUUAAGGAUCCAACCAUUCCAGCUAUAAAACAGAGGAAAAAAUCACUUAUCAGAGUGGAUAAAGAUCUAGAUGAGUACGAAGACGAGAAGAAACACCUGCAAGGAAUGGCAGCUUCUCUUCCACAGUUCAAGGACGGCCGAGAAAAGGCUCUGAAGCAGCGGUGCGAGCGCACGGUACUCCUGUGGGAGAACACAAAAGCCUCGGUCGCUGAAUGCCUUGAACAGUGCGAAAGGGCGUUGGAGCUGCUGAAACAAUAUCAUAAUUUAAAAAAUAUCCUGAUCACAUUGAUUCAAAAGGAGGAGAAUGUCAUCUCGCUGCAGGCGUCCUACCUGGGAAAGGAGAACCUGAAGAAAAGAAUCGCAGAGAUCGAAAUUGUCAAAGAAGAAUUUAAUGAACAUUUAGAAGAUGUAGACAAGAUAAACCAGAUCUGCAAAGACCUACAAUUCCAUCUAAAUAAAAUGAGCACCUUUGAGGAACCACCUUUUGAGAAAGAAGCUAAUAGCAUUGUGGACAGAUGGCUUGAUAUAAAUGAGAAAACAGAAGACUGCUAUGAAAAUCUUGGUCGAGCUCUGGCUUUAUGGGAGAAACUUUUGACUGUAAGAAAUGUCAUCGAUGAGUGGAUUGAAAAGGCCCUUCACAAAGUGAAAUUACCCCUGACCGAAGAGGAGAGUAAAAGGCUGAAGGAAGAUCUACACGCCCAAGAACAAGAACUUCCGGAAGUUUUCAAGAGAGUGGCUGAAGUACAAUUUCUGCUUCAAACCAGUGAAAUACCUCUUGAGUUGCAGAUGAUGGAGUCUUUGAUUCUGAAGAAAAUGGAAUAUGUGAAAAUGGGUUUAGCAGGUGAAUCGCGGAGCUGCGCCUUCAGUGGUAACCCAGAUGGACUACGAGAAGACCUGGACCAGGCCAAAACUCAGAUUGGAAUGACGGAAUCGCUCUUACAUGCCCUAUCUCCUUCAGACAGCUUGGAAAUCUUCACUAAACUAGAGGUGCCCGACACUUCUCUUCUGAUUCAGUUUGAUCUUCACACUUAUUUGGCAUACGUAGUCUUCACCUGUUUAGGAUAG